AAGUAAAAAGACCUAAUGAAAUCCCUUGGGACAGAUGAUCAGACAAAAAUAUGUUUGGAGAUUUUGGAUAGAGGAGAGCUUCAAGUUGCUGGCAAGGAGAGGGACAUCCAAUUCGCAAGUCAGUUUCGAGAUAUUGCCACAAUUGUUAUGCAGAGGACGAUCAAUCCUGAAACUCAACGCCCUUAUACUAUUAGCAUGAUUGAACGACUAAUGCAUGAAAUUCACUUCGCUGUUGAGCCAAAUAGCAACUCAAAGAAGCAGGCACUGGAAGUUAUACGUGAACUUCAAAAGCAUUUUCCAAUAAAAAGAGCUCCUAUGAGGCUCAGAUUCAUCAUCACUGAACAGAAUGUUUCUUCGCUCGUGGAAAAGCUCAAUGCAUGGAUUGCUAGUAUCGUUUCAAGGGAUGCAUCUGCAAGUGAAAUAUCUGUUGUAUGUGAAAUUGAACCAGGAUUCUACCGGGACUGUGAAGCCUCGGCAAGAAACUUGCAGGGGAGAGUGGAAGUUCUUGCAUAUUCAGUGCAUGCUGAAGGGGAUACCCAAGUGGACCAUUAUGAUGAUCACGAGGACAUCCCAUCCCGGUCUGAACCCGAUUCGGUAGUCCAGCUAAGUGAGAGGAUGCAGAAACAGACACUCACGUCUAAAAAGGAGAGCACGGAGGAGGAAGUAAAGCAGAACAAGUGCAGCACAUGCAAUGCGUUGGUAGGGGCCGCAAAGCAGUACAGGGAGCACUUCAAGAGCGACUGGCACAAGCACAAUUUGAAGCGGAAGACCGGGUAACUCCCCCCUCUCUCAGCGGAAGAGUGCAUGACCGACAUGGACUUGGACGACUCGCGAGCAGAUUUGAAGGAUUACUCAUUUUGAGGCUGGUUUUGAAGCUACUGAGGCUUGGUUUUUGUGGAGUCGAUGCAUGUACCCAAAAUAUAUUUUAGUACAGAGUAAAACUAAGUCUAGUAAGUAUUGUGCCCUCCGCUUACUUCUUGGCAUAUAGUCCUGGGGGCAAGUCAGAUGGGUCGAAUUUAUCAAACAUUUGUGUUCACUUUAUUCCUUGUUCAUCGUGUUCGGUCAUCAGUCGAUACUCAAGAAGUUGGCCUCGUAUUUCUGUAAAAGAGUUGAGCAGAAAUUUUCCGAGGAAUGUCAAGCGACCUCACCAAGUUCCCGAGGA